AUGGGUCUGCUAGCCACCGGCACACCGCUUGAGUGGCCCGAGGCCAAGAAAGUCGCUGGACAUGUGCGCCAAUGGGGUAUCGAGCAAUUACUAGCCAUAUGGAAUAAAGCCAAAGGCAAGGAACGAGAUGCACUACUAUGGGGUGAUGAGAUCGAAUAUCUAGUGGUUUCAUUCGAUGAGGAGAAACGGAGAGUGGUCCUCUCCCUGCGACAAGCCGAUAUCUUGGAAGCCCUUGCUAGUGAUGCAGAACUCCUCAGGCAGGGUGGCGGCGUCCCUGACAUUCAGACAGGAGACAAGAAGCACGGCAAAGUUGCUCCUACUUUCCACCCAGAGUUCGGACGAUUCAUGCUGGAAGCUACUCCCGGAGCUCCAUGGGGCAUUGGCUUCAAGGAUCUGCUGGACGUCGAGUCCGACAUGAAAUGGAGGCGAGAGAUCGCGAAGCAGCACAUGUAUGCUUGGGAGUACCCGAUCACCAUGACCAAUUUCCCUAUGCUUGGAGAUCGGAAGUCGAUACUGCCUUGGUUCCCCCCCUCUGGUUCGAGACUGCGAUCACAAUUUGUGCCGGAUGAGAUUGCCAACCCGCACAUUCGGUUCCCAACUUUAGCCGCAAACAUCCGAGCAAGACGUGGACGGAAGGUAGAGCUGAACGUGCCGGUGUUCCACGAUGAGAAGACUGUCUGGCCGUUUAAGGAUCCGACUGUUGACUAUGACCUGCAUGAUUGGCCUGAAGACGACGAUGUUCGCAAUGGCGCUGCGAAGGAGAAUCAUAUCUACAUGGAUGCGAUGGCAUUUGGUAUGGGCACAUGCUGUUUGCAAAUCACCUUCCAGGCUAAGAACAUCGAAGAAGGUCGUAAGAUGUAUGAUCAGCUUUCGCCACUUGGACCCAUACUACUGGCACUUACAGCAGCCACGCCAAUCUAUAAGGGCUUUCUGGCAAACACAGAUGUACGCUGGAAUCAAAUCAGCCGAGCAGUAGACGACAGAACGCCCGAAGAGCUGGGCGAGAAGCCGUUGAAGAAUGAUAGAUGGCGGAUACCAAAGUCUCGAUAUGCCAGCAACAGCACAUAUAUUUCGCAGGAUCCCAGGCUACGACGAGAGUACCUUGACCCUGACCUUGUCUACGAUCCUGAGAUCAAGACGCGGCUGAUGGAAGGAGGCAUGGACGAUCUGUUAGCAAGCCACUUCGCUCAUUUGUUCAUCCGCGACCCUAUCGUGGUCUUCAAUGAGGAUCUCAAAAACCUUGACCUCGACAAGAAUGACCACUUCGAGAACUUACAGAGCACAAACUGGCAACACAUGCGAUUCAAGCCACCGCCUACCGGUAGUGACAUUGGGUGGCGGGUCGAGGUGCGACCAAUGGAGAUUCAGAUCACAGACUUCGAGAAUGCCGCCUUCUCAGUAUUCGUUGUGCUGAUUACGCGCGCGAUUCUAAGUCUCGAUCUGAACUUCUACUUACCUAUCCAACGGACGACCGAGAACAUGGAGACAGCGCAUCAUCGAGAUGCUGUGUUGAACGAUAAAUUCUACUUCCGGAAAGAUCCUAUGCCGAGACGGCAGGCCCGCACAAACGGUGCCUCAAACCCGCCUUCAGGCGCCAACACGCCUAGACUUCAGCCCACUAGACCAGACUCGCCCUUCGGCCCUGUGGAAGACGAAUAUGAGCUCAUGACCGUUGACGAAAUCAUCAACGGCAAGGCAGAUAGUGUCUUCCCUGGUUUGAUACCUCUGGUAGAGUCUUAUCUCGACAGCGUCAAUGUUGAUGUUGAGACUCGUUGCGAGCUGGCGCAGUAUCUGAACUUGAUCAAGGGUCGUGCGAAUGGCAGUCUUUGGACGGCCGCGAAGUGGAUUCGGCACUUUGUGAGAAGUCAUGAGAAGUAUGGCAUGGACAGUGUUGUUAGCGAGGAAGUGGCUUAUGAUGUCGUAAAGGCUGCUGAGAGGAUCACGGAACAAGAGGGUAGGGAUGGAUUCGCCAAAGAGAUGAUGGGGGAGUGCCGGCAGCAGUCCUGA